AUGGAUUUGGUAUUAGAGGAGGAAAACUACAUGUAUGCUCUUAUAGAAGAAAUGUAUGGAGUGAAGGAAGUUAAUAUUGACAGACAACUAGUGAGGACAAACAGAGGUGAAGGAUGGUGCCGUAUGCAUCGGUUUAUGUUCGAGUCUAAGGUACAAUGCUUUGAUAUUCUACGCAUGAACCAGUCAAUAUUUAGGAGUUUAUGUAAGAGGCUAUCAAAACAGUAUAAGUUAGAGGGAUCUUGCCAUAUUUUUCUUGAAGAGAGUGUUGCGAUGUUUUUAGAGAUGGUUGCACAAGAUCUAACUGUAUGCGUCAUAGCUGAGCGAUAUCAACAUUCACUCGAUACAGUGAAGAGGAAGUUGGAUGAGGUUUUAAGUGCUCUAUUAAAACUUGCAGCAAAUAUAGUGAAACCUAAAAGGGAUGAUUUGACAAGUGUUAGUCCUUUUCUAGUGAAUGAUAGCCAGUAUAUGCCUUAUUUUAGAGACUGCAUUGGUGCCCUUGAUGGUACUCAUGUGCCAGUUCGUCCUCCAUCAGGGAAUGUGGAGCCAUUUAGAGGUCGAAAAGCAGAAGGAACAAUGAAUUUGCUUGCAAUAUGCAAUUUCAGUAUGAGAUUUACUUAUGCUUAUAUUGGAGUUCCCGGGAGAGCACAUGACACAAAAGUGCUAACAUAUUGUGCUACACAAGAAGCUUCUUUGCCUCAUCCUCUGCCUGGAAAAUACUAUUUAGUUGACUCAGGGUAUCCAACUAGAAGUGGUUACCUAGGCUGUAACGCCCCCGAACCGUCCUAUGACCACGCAGGGCACGGACAGCCACGGAACGCCACUAUGGGAACUGCGCCGAGGAAGCACCCUAAGUAUGAGCUGAAUAAAUGGAUUAAGAUUGUGACAGCAACAAUGGCUCUCCAUAAUUUUAUCAAAGAUUCACAAGAGGAUGAUAUUGAUUUUUUACAUUGGGAAGUGGUGGAAUCAUAUGAACAUCAUGGUGAUGAAAACGAUGGACAUGUUCCAUACAUACCUGCUGGUGAUAGAAUGAUGGAAGAUGUGCGUGAUUCUAUCACUAUGGAGAUGGCAGAGGGAACUACACUUCCAUAUUAG